AUGGUGACCGACGGCUUCGAGACGGAGCUUGACGCUGCGGCCAACCGCCGGUACAGCCGCCAGCUGCUCGUGUCGGACUUCGGCGUCCAGCGGCAGAAGACACUCCUCGAGGCCCGCGUUCUAGUUGUUGGCGCCGGCGGGCUCGGGUGCCCCGUACUGCUCUACCUUGGUGGCAUGGGCGUCGGUCAUAUUGGCGUCGUCGAUGGCGACGUUGUCGACGAGACCAAUUUGCAUCGGCAGGUGCUCCACACGCAGGCAGCUGUCGGGCGGCUGAAGGUCGAGAGCGCGCGCGACGAGCUACAACGCCGCCACCCGCACCUCUCGCUGGCCAUCCACCCCUUCUUCCUCACUCCUGCCAAUGCUGCCGAGCUUGUGCGCGCCUACGACGUCGUCGUCGACGCCUCGGACAACGUCGCGACGCGGUACCUCGUCAGCGACGUCUGUGUCCUCGAAGGCAAGCCGCUCGUGAGCGGGAGCGCGUUGGGCUUGGAAGGGCAGGUGGCUGUAUACCACUACAAGGACGGUCCGUGCUACCGGUGCUGCUACCCCAACGCCAUGCCCAUGGGCCUCACAGGCAACUGCUCGGACAAUGGUGUACUCGGUGUCGUGCCUGGCAUCAUCGGCUCCAUGCAGGCGAUGGAGGUGGUCAAGGUCCUCACUGGGAUGGGCACACCGCUAAGCCGCUCGCAGGCUUUCUAUGACGCCUACGACGGCAGCGUCCGCCACUUCAAGCUGUCGCCAAGGCGCAAGGACUGCGCUGUGUGUGGCGAGGCCCCAACGAUCUUGUCUGCACUCGACUCGGCGGCCACGAGUAGCGCUGGCCACUGCACGCUGACGUCGUCGCUGUCGCCCGACCACGUCAUGAGCGUCGAGGACUUGGCCGUGGCCCUUCGCCGUGCAUCGUCGCCGGAUGACUACUGCCUUCUCGACGUGCGCGAGCCCGUCCAAUUCGCCAUUUGCCACUUGCGUCACGCGGUCAACAUCCCGCUGAAAGCGCUUCCCGCCCAGCUCAAGCGCGUUCCUGCGUCCAAGCCAGUAUACGUGAUUUGCCGCCGGGGUGUCGAUUCCGUCGACGCCGCGCUCUUGCUACUGCAGUCGACGACGCGCGUGUGGCACAUUGAAGGCGGCCUCGACGCAUGGGCAGCACGCGUCGACCCUGCUUUCCCCAUGUACUAGAUGAAAAAACAAAGCAUAAAUUGACUCGGCUACC